AUGAACCGCGGCUCUAUCGGAAAAGAUGAUGUCGAGAUUGUCGAUCAAGACUCUCAUAUCGAGAAUAUUCCCAAGCCUUCUCUGGUCACUCAGGUUGGAGACUUUCGUGUUGUCGGUUUGACUCCCGACGAUGCAGAUUUCUAUAAUAACUACCCGGAGGAGAAACGAAAAAAGGUCUUCCACAAGGUCGAUAAGCGAUUAAUCCCCAUGCUCGCAUUGCUGUAUCUGAUUUGCCACAUCGAUCGGGCCAAUAUCGGCAAUGCUAAAAUCGAAGGCAUGGUCCAAGAUCUCAAGAUGACUGGGUUACAGUAUAAUACUGUUCUUUCUAUAUUCUUCAUUCCCUACGUCCUAUUCGAAGUUCCCAGUAACAUCGUUCUCAAAAAGUUCAAGCGACCUUCAGUGUACCUUGGCCUUCUUGUCUUGACCUGGGGUAUUGUCAUGACAUGCACAGGUCUGGUUAAAAACUUUGCUGGUCUUAUGACCACUCGAGUCCUACUUGGUGUUUUUGAGGCCGGAUUCUUCCCUGGUGCUAUUUACCUUUGCUCCUACUGGUACAUGCCUAGGGAAUUGGCACUUCGUAUCUCAUACUUCUACUGUGCCAGUGCGCUCUCCGGCGCGUUCUCCGGCCUGCUCGCUGCCGCUAUUGCCAAGAUGGAUGGUACUGCUGGGCUUGAAGGCUGGCGGUGGAUCUUCAUCCUGGAAGGCAUUGCUAGUGUAGUACUAGGUGUUGCCUGUUUCUUCCUCCUCAUCGAUACCCCGGCUUUAUCCAAGCGCUGGUUAUCUCCGGACGAAAUUCGCUACCUGGAGCUUUCAAUGUUCAUCAAGCAAGGAGGAACUAGUACCGGAGAGACGGGCUUCAAGUGGAGGGACCUCAAGAUUGUCCUGAUGAACUGGAGGAUCUACGUGCAAGGCUACCUUUUGUUUUGCCAGUCGGCUUUGUCUUACGGUACCAAGUUCACCCUCCCGACUAUCACCAAAGCCAUGGGCUUCAGCUCGACGAAUGCCCAGCUCACCUCUGCCCCUCCAUACAUUGCCGGCGCGAUAUCUGCUAUCGUGUUUGCACGGUUCUCCGAUCGCUUCUAUUGGCGAAUGCCAUUUGUCUGCAUCCCCAUGGUAAUUGUUGUGGUAGCUUAUUCUAUUAUUAUGUCCCUAAAUGGAGAGCUUGAAGCAAAGAAAGGAGUCGCCUACUUUGCAGUUGUCUUGUCUGUCAUAGGUAUUUACCCCAUCCAGCCGGGAGCUGCAUCCUGGAAUGCAAACAACAUUGCCCCAGCGUCCCGACGGGCUAUGGGCAUCGCACUGGUCAACUGUGUCGGCAAUGUCGGUGGCAUAUUGGGCAGUUUCAUGUAUAUCGAGAAAGAGAGCCCGAAGUACACAACUGGAUUUGGCCUCAGUUUGGCACUCGGUGGGGUUGGAUUCUUUGUUGCUUUGUUCCUCGAAUGGACAUACAAGAUGGGCAAUGCAAAGAAGGAAAGGCUUGCAGACGAUGCCAGAGUCAACUACACUGAGGAUCAGUUGUUUGAUAUGGGAGACAAGUCGCCGCUGUUCAAAAACUCACUUGAAGAUACCAUUCAGAAGCACAUCCCUCCAACCACCGCCAUCAUGACCAAAGAUGCGUCAACAACCUCAUCUGAGUCUCAGACAAAUGAAGCUGCCCCCGAAAGCCCUUACUAUGGGAUGCAUGGUCAUUACUGGAAGUCAAACAGGGAUGUGCCUCCCACCAAAUGGCUUCCGGUGAACAAAAAGCUCUGCGCUUGUGAUGACCAUCAGGCAAGUCAAUGGCCGAUGGAACACGCAGUCAUCACGAUUCCUCCCUGCGCUUACAAGUGUCCCUAUUGCCCAAAGUUCGAUGACCUCGAGACUACCGUCCCUCAGGUGGUGAAGCUUCGUGCUCAUAUCAAACGUGACCAUCUGAAGAGAAAACCGCAUGAGUUCCUUGGGCUCACUGUCACCCCGGGUAGAGUGACGAAAGCCCGCGCGCCUAAGCCAUGA